AUGCCCCUGCGAGACGCAGAGAGCGGGCACGGAACCAGGUGUGCUGGCGAAGUGGCCAUGGAGGCCAACAACUCCUACUGCGGCGUGGGCAUCGCCUACAACGCCCGUGUUGGAGGGAUCCGGCUGCUGGACGGGGAGGUGACGGACGUCAUGGAGGCCUCGUCCCUCAGCUUCAACAGCAGCUUCAUCGACGUCUACAUCUGCAGCUGGGGGCCCCGCGACGACGGCGUCGAGAUGGGGGGGCCGCAGCUGGCGGAGAAAGCCUUGCGUCUCGGCGCGGAGAGGGGCCGAGGCGGUAAAGGGAACAUCUUCGUGUGGGCGUCCGGUAACGGUGGGGCUCACGGUGACCACUGCGGAGCUGACGGCUACAUCAACAGCAUCUACACCAUCGCCAUCGGAGCGGUCACUCACACCGGCCGCUCGGCCUUCUACAGCGAGCCCUGCCCGGCCACCAUGGCCGUCACCCUCACCAGCGGACACCCAGGCGCUCUGCCCGUGGUGACGGUGUCUAACCUCGAUGACGGCUGCAUCACAGAGUUUGCUGGCACAUCGAGUGCAGCACCAAUCGCCGCUGGAGUCAUUGCUCUCGUUCUUGAAGCAAAUCCUGACCUGACCUGGAGAGACGUCCAGCAUCUGAUAGCCAGGACUGCCAAGGUGCCCGACCCACAAGAGCCGGGCUGGAUCCUCAACAGCGCCGGGUUCCACGUCCACGACCGGUAUGGCUUCGGACUGCUGGAUGCCGCUCUGAUGGUCCAGCAGGCUCUCCUGCUCCAGCCCGCCCCACCUCAGCGCCAGUGCUCCUAUGACGUGACCCUUGACCCCGUCAGGCUGCUGCCGUCGGGGGGAGAGGUGAGUGUGGUCAUCCAAUCAGAAGCCUGCAGCGGAGCAGCCAAUCAGAUCAACACUCUGGAGCAUGUCCAGGUAACGGUGAGCGUCACUAGCGUUUGCCGCGGCGACCUCUCCGUGGCGAUGACCUCUCCGUCCGGCACACGCUCCCUCCUGCUGGGCAGUCGCCCUAACGACGCCUCGGAAACCGGCCUGGUGAACUGGACCAUGAUGAGCGUGCAGUUCUGGGGGGAGCCGGCCCUUGGAGACUGGACCCUGAGGGUGGUGGACAGCGUAGGGGCGGUGAAGCGGUGGUGGACAGCGUCGGGGCGGUUAAGCGGAGUGGGCGGCGUGCGGAGAGCAAGGAGACCGCUGGAGUUGUGA